AUGGCGGCAACGAGACGGUUACGCGACCUCCAAUCGCAGCCAGGUAAUGGAACUUGCGUCGAUUGCAACCAAAAGAAUCCCCAAUGGGCUUCGGUUUCCUACGGUGUUUUCAUGUGCUUAGAGUGCUCCGGGAAACACCGUGGCUUAGGUGUCCACAUCUCAUUCGUCCGAUCCGUUACCAUGGAUUCAUGGUCCGAGAUCCAGAUCAAGAGAAUGGAAUCUGGCGGUAACAAGAUGCUCAAUUCUUUUUUGGCUCAAUACGGGAUCCCUAAAGAAACCGAUAUAGUUACCAAAUAUAACUCCAAUGCUGCCAGUGUUUAUCGUGAUCGUAUCCAAGCCCUAGUCGAGGGCCGCCCGUGGAAGGACCCACCCAUUGUGAAAGAGGCUCUCAACUGUGAUUGUGGUAGUAAAAGGCCGUCGUUGAGCGGUGGUGGUAGCAGGGGCAUUAAUAAUAUUAAUAAUAUCAAUAACAAUAAUAAAGGAUGGGACAGUUGGGAUGAUGGCGAAUCUUUUGGCUCUUCGAAUGAUAUGAGGAGGAAUCAAUCGGCGAACGAUUUUACAGGAGGGAAUAAGAAUGGCGGGGAAGCGGGAGGUUGUCCCAUGAGAUCGAGGUCCACGGAAGAUAUACACACGAGGAACGAGCUGGAGGCUUUGGCGGCGAACAAGGAGAGCUAUUUUUCGAGGAAGAUGGCAGAGAAUGAAUCUAGGCCUGAAGGGCUACCACCUUCCCAAGGAGGGAAAUACGUUGGGUUUGGAUCCAGUCCUACGCCUACCCAGAGGAAAAAUGAUCCUCAGGGGGACGUGCUCUCUAUUGUAUCUCAGGGUAUUGGGAUGUUAUCAUUAGUAGCAACAUCCGCAGCCCAAUCUGCUGCUAGUGUUGUCCAAUCAGGAACCAAGGAGUUAACCACCAAGGUUAAGGAGGGUGGCUAUGAUACCAAGGUUAAUGAAACUGUUAGUGUUGUCACAGCAAAGACAACAGAGAUUGGGCAGAGAACAUGGGGGAUCAUGAGAGGAGUCAUGGCCUUAGCUACACAAAAGGUCGAGGAGUACGCGAAAGAUGGCAUGAACUGGAACAACGAUAAUUGGCAGCAAAACGAAAUCGAGAAGAACAGAUCCGAUGGUGACAUUAACCGGGGGAACAAAGGAUGGGAUUCUACUUCUGGAGGACAAUCCUCCUCCGGUGGGAAUCAUAACUCUCAUAGCUCAAGUUCUUGGGAUGAUUGGGAGACGAAUGACAAAAGGAUGGACCAAGGUACAACAGAGGUGACCGCCAUAGAUGGUUGGGCUGGCUGGGACAAUGCCAAGGAUGGUGGAUUUGAUCAUUUCCACGAUGGUGUUCCUAAUAAAAGGGUUGUUGCUCGCAAUGAAAAAUCAGAUGCUACCUGGUCAGGUGGAGGCUUUCAUUAAGGUUGAACUCGAACAGUUAUCUGAAUUACCAACAAAGGCUAACAAGUAGUGCCGCUGAGAAAAUCGUU